CUGCACCGUCUUGGAGUCAUACUCCAGGCAACUCUCUCCCCAAUCGGCCAGCCCGUGACUGCAUAGAGGCGGCACAUUCUCCUUUUGCGUGAUAUCCAUCCAUCCAUCCAGACAGGGAAGUCGUAGCGCCGAUGACGGCACAGCCGAGAUCUCCACCACGCCUUCUUUCCACAGACAAUGUAAGGCGUGAAGCAGCGAAUACAUUUCAUUACUUGAUACGUGAUUGAAGUGGACUUAUGUUUCCAUCCUGAUAUUUCAUCAUUUCAAUUGACCGACCUUCAACAUGGGCCUCAACCCCAAUACCCGCGCGCUUUUCUUCGACGUCUUUGGGACUUGUGUGGACUGGAGGAAGUCGGUCACUGAUGAGCUGGCAAGGAGUGCGGAGGAGGCAUUGAACUCCUCGAGGGCUUCUUCCAUCAGUAGUCCAGUUCGGGAGGCGGCAAAGGCUAAGUGGGGUGAAUUAGCACAAGAAUGGCGAAACGGGUACCUCAAAUUCACCCGCGCCCUUGCAACAGGCACAAUCAAAGGCUGGAAAACAGUCGACGAGCACCACCUGGAAUCGCUGCACGAAAUCCUCGCCGCCCACGGCCUCAUCGCCCUCCAACACGACGGCAAAACCGCAGACGACACCGCCUCCCUCUGGACAGAACAGCAACUCCAAGAGCUCAACCUCAUCUGGCACCGCCUGGCCCCCUGGCCCGACACGUGCGCCGGCCUGCACGAGCUCAACCGCAACUACGCCACCUGCACCCUCAGCAACGGCAACGUCUCCCUGCUCAAAGACAUGGUGGCGAACGGCAGCAUGCCCUUUACCCACGUCUACUCGGCCGAGAUGUUCCAGUCGUACAAGCCGGAUCCGAAGGUGUAUCUGGGGGCAGCGGAGAAGAUGGGGGUGAAGCCGGAGGAGUGUGCGCUCGUUGCGGCGCACUUGGAUGAUCUGAAGGCGGCGAAGAAGUGUGGGUUUGGGGCGGUUUAUGUGGAGAGGGCGAGGGAGGAGAGGCAUUUGGAGAUGAGGGAGGAGGGCAUUCCGGAUGUGUGGGUGAAGGAGGAGGAGGAGGGGUUUGUGAGGGUUGCGCAGGUGUUGAGGGGGGAGAAGUGAUUGCCUUACCUUUGUUGAUACUACACCGUCUUGAAGAGCGAUGAUGAGCAUUUGUGCUGUGCGAGUUGUGCAUUUGUUAAGUCCAUGUCGCGUAUGAGAGGUGGCGCGGGUGAAGCGAUGUCGGCU